CGGUUUAAUGAAAAAACAAAAAACAGCGGCGUCAGACUCGUCGGUUUCCCGUCCAGAGGUCGUCCAACUGCCCGCCUGAUCAGAAGUGGCUUCGGUUGCGGUUGGCUGGCUGUCAGUCUGUGGGAGCGGUGACAGCUCAACGGGUCGUUUUAUCUUUAGCUUUGUGCCCAAUACAGUCGCCACAAUGUUUGAGGAAGCCAGCGAGGUGUUCGAUAACAUGUUUAAAUCUUCGUUUCCCCUCACCUUCAUCGUCUUCAUCCCGGCGGUGCUGAUCCUGGUGUCUCCGCUCCCGGCCGAGGCGUCGCACGAGUUCACGGUGUACCGCAUGCAGCAGUACGACCUACAGGGACAGCCGUACGGUACCAGGAAUGCCAUCCUGAACACGGAGGCCCGUACUGUGGAGGCAGAGGUGCUAAGUCGUCGCUGUGUAAUCAUGCGGCUGGCGGACUUCUCCUAUGACAAGUACCAGAAAGCCCUGCGCCAGUCAGCGGGGGCUGUGGUCAUCAUCCUGCCAAGGAACAUGUCUGCUAUGCCGCAAGACAUAGUGCAGUUCAUGGAGUUGGAGCCUGAGAUGUUGGCUACUGAGACCAUCGUCCCCGUCUACUUCGCCAUGGAGGAUGACGAGCUGCUGUCUAUCUACACACAGACCCUGACCUCCUCAUCCUCACAGGGCUCCUUAUCAGCGGCCGAAGUCCUGCUGCACACGGCCACAGCCAACGGCUUUCAGAUGGUGACCAGUGGAGCUCAGAGCAAAGCCGUCAGUGACUGGGCCAUCACCAGUUUAGAGGGCCGUCUGGCUGGAGUUGGAGGAGAGGACCUCCCCACCAUCGUGGUGGUGGCUCAUUACGACUCCUUUGGUGUUGCUCCGUGGCUGUCAUACGGAGCAGACUCAAACGGCAGUGGAGUGUCCAUGUUACUGGAACUGGCCCGACUCUUCUCCAAACUCUACACCUACAAGAGGACGCACGCUGCGUACAACCUGCUGUUCUUUCUGUCCGGCGGAGGAAAGUUUAACUACCAGGGCACCAAACGCUGGCUGGAGGACAACUUAGACCACACAGACUCCAGUCUGCUGCAGGAUAACGUAGCCUUUGUGUUGUGUCUGGAUACUUUGGGGAACGGAGACUCUCUGCACCUCCAUGUGUCCAAACCUCCCAAAGAGGGAACCCCUCAGUAUUCCCUGCUGAAAGAGCUGGAGGCGGUGGUUGCGAGUCAGUAUCCAGAGGUCAAGUUCUCCAUGGUCCACAAGAAAAUCAACCUGGCUGACGACAUGCUGGCGUGGGAGCACGAACGUUUUGGGAUCCGCCGCCUGCCCGCCUUCACUCUGUCCCACCUGCCCUCGCACCGGCUGGCUCAGCGCUCCAGCAUCAUGGACGUGCGGUCAGUGUCCCCCUCCUCUCGCCACGGAGCGGGAGAGCCCCCUGCUGGGCCUCACGUAGAUGUGAAGAAGCUCAGCAGGAACACCAAGCUGGUAGCAGAGGCUCUGGCGAGGGUCGUCUACAACCUCACAGAAAAGGCAGCACCUGGAGACCUGCAGAUUUUCACUGAGCAGAUGCAGGUGCAGGACGAGCAGCUGUCAGCCGUGGUGGACUGGCUCACGGCGCAGCCCAGAGCUGCUCAGCUGGUGGACAAAGACAGCACCGUGGUGUCCACCCUGGAGUAUCACCUGGGACGCUACCUCAAGGAUGUCAAAAGACACUACGUCAAAGCUGACAAGAGGGAUCCAGAGUUUGUGUUUUAUGACCAGCUGAAGCAGACGAUGAAUGCUUACAGAGUGAAGCCCGCCAUCUUUGACCUGCUGCUGGCUGUCUGCAUCGCAGCCUACCUGGGGAUGGUGUAUUUGGCUAUCCAGAACUUUGGAGUCCUGUACAGUGUUGUCCGUAGAAUCACUCAACCCAAGGCCAAGGCCCACUAAGGCGUGCAGCAGCGUUUACUGCCCCGGACCCUACUGUACCCUUUUUCCUCAAAUUCAAUAAACUCUAGCCAAUAAGACACUGAGGCUGGACCGAGCUGCUGUUUUCACGAUGGUUUCCAAACCAGCAGAAUCACUUCCGUUUCCUUCGUCCCUCAUGCACAAACAAUGAUGUCAGAUCCUGUCUUGCUGCCAACUUUGACCCGUUUGGUCUCAUGGACCAGAAUAAUCAGGAAUCAUUUCAGUCUCCACAGAUGUCUCUGUCAUUCAUUCAGCGUGGUCACUCAUGUUGUUUUUAACCUCUAAUGACGGGGGUUAAUGUCACAGGUCAUGAUGAGAUUGGUUGAGAUGUCACGUGGCUGCACCGAUCGCUCCCCGUCCCUCUUCUCGGCGUACUUCACGAGCCAAACGUCGUGACGUCACGUGUUGUCUCAGGCAGCUAGAGGGAGAAGCUGACCGCACAGUUUAUCCCAGAAUUUCCUUUUGUCAGGAGGGCUGAUCACCAGGGAGUCUCACUAAAUAUAACGCUCGCACGAUCAGCCGCUGACGGUUCGCUGUCUGAAAUCGUCUAGUGUUGUGUCGAGAGCGACUGGAGCGUUUCCUUUGAGUGAAACCCUCAAACACGAGUACUGUUUACGGACAUGACGUCGAUCUGUCUAAAUGAAAUGUGAAGUAGUCUUUAGAGCGUAUCUCCAUGCCUUUAAUACAAACCCCGUCACAUCAUUAAUGUAGUUGUGCAGUGAUAGUUUUCACUUUGGCGUUUCUGUUUGCUUUUCGUGCCAUUUGUUCGUUUCCUGUGACGUGUCGUCUUUGUCUGAUUUGCCUUUUUUUAAAUCUCCAAACUGAUUUAGAGAAACGGUCACGCUGGUGGCACCAGCUGCUCGGAGAGCUUGUUUCAAAAUGUCACAUGGAGCCAUGUUUUGUUUUUCUUCCUUAUCUAAUCAAUAAAAUGAGCCCCUCCCCUUUCCUAAUCAGUAGAUGGGACCUUUUGCUGACUUGCAAAAAUAUGAUUUGACCAAAUCAGAUAUUUUUAAAUCCUUGCCCUCGUCUUUGCUUUGGGUGAAAAGUGUUAAUUUGCUUUUUAAAAAAAUGUAUUUUCUGUUACCACAUGACCUGUGACCCCUCCCCCUCCCAAUCAGCAGACCCGUGGAGGGGGAAUUGACUGUGUGGUAAAUAUGAGUUAUAAUUUAUUAAAUGGCUUUGUUUUUGUUUCGUGCACUGAAUCUGCUUCAUCUGCAACACUUGAUCUUUGCAAUGAAAGUGAAAACGGUUGUGAUUAAAAAUAAAUGACACAUGAAAAACACUCAAAUCGUUCUUUACCCACAUGUUUUAUUUCAUGAGAAAAAAGAAACGAUAACAUUGGCUGAAUGGUAUUAAAAUCGUAUUACAAAAAAGCAAGUAUGAGGUUUGUUUUUAUCAAGUAGUCGUGUUUCAGAAAGUGGCCAGAUUCAGUUCAACCUCGGGGGUCAUUUGUACAUCUUUGUGCAUCAAGGGUCCAAAACAAGUUAAAACACAUUUGAAAUUAAGAGAUUUAAUUAUUCAUCCUUCAGUUGCUAAAUGCACCUUUUAAUUUUGAUCUACUGAUGAACAAUAAAAAGAAUAUUAAUAAAUUACAGUGCAAAUACCUGCAGGGCUUUUUCUGGCCCUGUCGCUCUGUUAGCGCUCCUCUUUGCUCCCACAGACACUCGCCUCAUCAGCUCGGGUGGAAAUUUUGGCACAAUCAAAUCAUGACAAAGCUUUGGGUCAAAAACUUUGAGGCAGUCUCUGAAAGUUUGUUUCUGCCACUGAAUUUCUUAUUUCAUCUUUUUGCAAUUGAAAUUUUGAUUAACUCUACUUGCCUUUGUUUGUCAGUGGUGGAAAAAAAGCUUCCAUGUUGACCAGAAACAAUCUGAACGCCAUUUUUGUUGUUUGUUUAUUGGACGAGGACGAAGCUGAGGUGCCGAGAUCAACGUGUAAUAAUCCGCUUACUGCAGCCUCUUAAAUAAGGUGACUUCUCAAAGAUGCCGUUACACCGAUGAGUCUGUGGAAAGUUCCCUUUGUGUCGUCACUCCCUAAAACAUUUUUAGUAACUGCGAACCAGCCAACAUACCUGAACAACAAAAACACCUGAUUGGACCUCAUCAGUAAGGUCGCCCUGUCAGUUAUGAAGCUUUGGCGACUGUAUGCAUACAGGGACCAAAUACAUCCUCAUUUUACUUUCCAACACCUGCAACAGGAGGUCCUGUGAGUCCUUCAUUCAUCAUCACUCCCCUAAACAUAAGGGAGUGGGGGUGAUGAGGUGAGAGCGCACAGCGGGCUCUGCUGCUAACGUCUCGGUCCUGUUUAUGCACUUUAACAUCGCGCCCCGAUGUUCUUAGUGUGCGCUGAUGGGGAGUGAUGAGGUCAAGUUCACACGACCUCAGCUGUAAGCCAGUGUUGACAGGAUGGUUUUAGUCAACUCUGAGCCGGGGGUGGGCGAUGUGGGUGAAAUCUGUCAUAAUGAUCAUUUUUAAUAUUCAUAAUUUGUACUUGCUGAUUAAAAACACAAUGAGGUUCUGAAGGACAGUAACCAGGGUGGAAGCAGUUAGCACAUUGGCUAGUGUUACGCAUAACCAUACUGCCCACCCCACGAACAGUUACUUGUACAGACAUCAGCGCAGUUGUACGACACGGUGGGAGAGACGUUUCUGAGAGCGCCACGUCAGGCUUUAGGGGGCGAGUCACACCCGAUCCAGGACGUGGAUUUUUGAGGGUUUACUGCAGACUUCAUUCUGAGCUCAUCGGCAAACUACGGAUAGUCUCGCCUCACAGCAACAUGUCGGAUCAACCGUGUCACCUACAGUACAGAUGUGUCACCACUACAGUAAAACGAGUGCAGCAUUCAGAUUAAAUGGAAGAGGUCGGAGACUAGAUCCAGAUGUUUGCCACGUAGAUGGACAAGCCCCCCGCCCCCGGUCCCUGAAAAUAUCCGACCUGGGCUGUCAGAUCACGAUCAGCGACUCACACGCAGCAGGAAAAACAACAACACAUCUGAAAUACAAACUGCUCUCUCUCAGGAAAAAUAACAGCAGCAAAUUAAAAUAAAUCAAUGCAGAUAAUCUGCACCAACAGAUACUAAGGAAAAGGAAAUAAGUUAGCUCUAACCCCCCCCAAACACAAUGCGAGCAGCGUGGAAGACACACAAAGCAAAGCGGAUCGUCUCGUAGGGACAGACGACAUCUGCAGCCUGCUCCAGCAGCACAAGCAUGCUGUUCAUCCAAACAAGCGCUUGAAUUUGAUCGAGAAGGUGGAGAAACUGAAAUAUCCCUUAUUUUCUACAGCGGCCGUUCCCACUAAAGUGCGAGCUGGAAACCAGCGAGGGAAAACCGAGGGAACAGUUCCCUUUCACUCGAGUUCAAGUUAUUAAUAUGCUCAAAUUAGAAAUCAUAGAAAAAUCUUCCCUUAGGCUGGGGGAAACGUUUCUGGGAUAUUUGUGUUCGGUGGCCUCGCUGCGCCAAAAACACAGAAAACAAACAGAUCGCUUUUAGGACGAGUUAGUAAAAACUUCAUGAUUACACAGCUGUAGGAUGUUUCGUGAUCAUUUCAUAGCAGUUCCAAAAUCAUUCCGAUGUCAUGCAUUUCUGAAUUCCAUAAUCUGCACAUACAUAACGUUUUGUUUUUCAUCGUUCAGUCUUUCCAUGAUUAUUAUUGGCUCCUUUUUUUAGCCGCCACCACCUGAAAUCUUUUGAUUCUGAAACCCAGUCAAUCAAGUCCAGCUAUUUGCUGUCAUUAAACCAGCUUGUACGCCUUCAUGUCAGCGACAGAUGCUCUGCGACACACACACACACACACACGAGAACAAAUAAUUUAAAAAACAAAGCAAAUGAACUUUCCGUACAGGAAUGACAGGUGGAUAUUCCUAAUGCCUGCGAUGGUCAGUACAAGAGAAACAAAAGAUUAAAAAACAUCCACUUUACACACACACACACACACACACACACACACACACACACAGCCUGGUUUUUUGAAAUCAAGCUAAUUGAAAGCAGGCAGCCAGAGCCGCCUGGUCCCAGCCACCGACUUGUGCGAUGAUAUGAAAAUCAAUACAUGUGGUGAAGCGGCCAUAAGGCCAGGCAGCCUUUCUCACACCACCGUGCCAUGUUUGUUUUUUACCCUUCCUCCUCAUAUCAUAGGUCAGAGAGGACGGGCGGAAGCGAUUCAUUAGGAAUUACUAAAUAUCUAAAUGUCUACAGAACCAUUUACUGGCCAAAAGCUUCCUCGCCUGGGCGCUGCGGUGCUGCGCACGGUGCUGUACGCCCCGCACAACUGUACGCGACAAUCACAGUCCAGCUCUCAUUCAAACUGCUCGUUUCUACUGAAUCUGUCAAAUGUAAAGUUAACAAGAGUAAGACAAAAAGUCGGCUGAAAUAACAUUCACAGUGCUCCAAUUAAACCAAUCUGGAAACAAAAUGACAGCGAUGAUUUGAAAUGUUCUAAAAACAAAUACAGAGAGUAAAAAGUCAUCAGACGCGAUGUUUCCCUUUCAAGAUGCUCUUCCUUUAAAACAUGCUCCACGCUGAAGGAGGGCGUCUUUGUCUUGCAUGUACCAGCAGCCUAGUGCCAGGUGGUGGCGACGGAGG